CUGUUGCGUCUCGCUGCAUACACCUGCUUUGUUCACUCCUUUGCUGCCAUACAAACUUGCAUACCCACAAACACUUCACUCCUAGACACCGCUACACGCAAACAUUCGCCCCAGCUCUUAUCAGACCCGCCCGGCCCCCCGCGUACACCUGCCCUCACUACCCUCGCUUCUGGCUAAGCUCUUCAUCCGCUCUGUACGCAGCCGACACCUGUGCUACGUAUUCUCGCCCUGUCACGGUCGCACAAACGCAGGCCUUCCCGUGCAUAUCGCCCGCACCUCAUCACACAAACAACCGUUGGAGCUGGCGUCCAAUCCCCAAUGACCUGAGGCCGCGGCCGACCUCGACGCCUACAACCUGCGACCGCGCACUCGACACUCUUUUAGCAGCCGCCUUUUUUUGGAUAUCAUAUGUUCUGUUAGCAGCCCAGCAUGGCUCCCAUCUCCUCCACCGAGGGCUCCUCCGCGCCGCUCGCCGACUAUUUCUUUAUAUCUGGAAUCGAGAGCUCACAGGUCUACGACGACCGCCUGCAACCAAACGGCAUUGUUUCCCCACUCGCGUCCCCACCAGUCGACGAGACGAUUGAAGAGGACCGCGCCCUCGAGACCGAUUCGAUUCGCCCAACCUCGCAAGACGGCCUGUCCAAUGGCGGCAGCAUGCGGCGGCGGUCCGGGCAGCGCCUGAGCGAGCACCGCCAAUCGGUUGGCACAAUCACAGGCCUCGACAGCAAACCAGCAGUAACAGCCAGCAAUCGCAGCAGCGCUACCAUCAAAGGUGUGAACCUUGGCGGAUCCGGCCUUAAUGAUGUCGACUUCGAGAAUGCGCUGCGCAAGUUCGCCUCAGAGCGAGAUACGUUCCUAGAAGAGAUACAGUUCACCGCAGGCGUUGCACAGCAAAGUCGCCAAACACCCACAAGGCCGCGUCCAAGACCACCACGAGUCUCGCAGGCCCCCAGUACGAACGGCGAGGAUGGGAUUGCAAACUUGAGAUCAGGCGUAGGGAGCAUUCGAAGGCGCUUGUCGACAAUGCAGAGCAGCCUGAAAAGGCAGCCUUCGACAGCACGUCAGUCCUCAAUACGAACAUCCAAACGCAUGUCAGGCUACAAUUCGGUCAUUCCGGCGCCACAGCCGUUCCAACCUGAGCCCAACAUGCACCCUCUCCUACGGCGCUAUGAGCCCGUGCUACUGGACCGCUACCCACCCAGGAACAUGGUCGAGGAGCUCAAGCGACGCAACCCCUUCCCAGACUACGUUCCUAUGUUUGCAUUUCCCAACGAUGUCAGUGUAGUAUCAUCAGACGAGCGACCAAAGACUCAGUGGCACGGUUUUGCCAUGACCAAUGGUGACAGCUCGAAGCUUUACGGUAUCACCAUGAUUGUCUGGCUGCCAUUGAAUGCCACUGCAGCAGAAGGACUCGAGCGUCAGUGUGAAGAGUGGAGAAGAAACCACAUGAAUCCAGAAGAGAGGGAAUUAGCGAGCAGCUUGGGUGAACGUCUGGCUUUGGAGCGGGCAAAGUUGUCACAGCUGUUGGCCAAGCUACCGACCGUCCAACCUGACUCGGACGAGCGAGAGCACCUGGAUGAGGAGAUCGGCGCGGUCGAAGAGAAGAUACAGCUUAUGACGGACCUCCUUCGACCAGUAAGACACGGAGCAGCAUCGAAGAUCGAAGGACUGACUGAUGGAGAGACUGGCCUCUGGAUCCCACGUGCUUACGGUGUCAUGGGUAGAGAUGCCAGUCUGACGCCCCUGUGGAAAGAAUGGCUAAAAGCAAUCGUCGUCCCGAUGACGAACGGUACGAUCCUGCGUGUUCCUCCAAGCUCGCCUCGAGUGGGUAUGUGGCAGCCACUCGAACGAUACGUCGUCAACCUCUGCGCCGAGGCUCUUAGUCCGAUUACCUCGAUCACCCAAGUUGAGCUGGCCGUACGCGAACUCCGAAUGUACGCCCGGAAGGAAGCAUUGAACGAGAUUCCCGGCUCUCGCAACAUCGACAUUUACGCCCUCUUCCGUUGUCUCUCAAUACCGAAUAUUGUUACUCUUUUCGAAUAUGUACUAUCCGAGGCCAGGAUCAUCCUUCUCUCAUCUCACACAGCUAUGCUCCACCUAGCAAGUAUGGCCAUCACGAACCUUAUCUACCCGUUCCAGUGGUGCGGUGUCUUCAUCCCUGUUCUGCCUGCACGUCUCGUGCAGACAAUUGAGGCACCAUGCCCUUACAUUGUAGGCAUUGAGCGAAGAUACGAACCCACCGAUUACCCGGAUGACGACUUCGUCCUCGUCGACUUAGAUCAGAACUCGAUCGUUUCGAACGGUCCUCCGCCUCCACCGCUUCCUCGCCAGCAGCGCCGAAAGCUCACCUCCCUCCUUCAGCACUCGGCCCCUCACCAUAUGCGCUAUGGUGUACCUACUGGCCCUCCGGCUUAUGCUGUGGAAGCGUUCCCAUACGACACUUUCUGUUCCGAAAACCCAGGUGUUUUCACACCUAAGGCACAUCCAUCAACUGUGCAAACAUAUGUCGGCCUGAACUCGACAUCUUUUGGCACUGUUACAGGACCAGCCAGUGGAAGACCACUCAUCUACAACGCGUUCCUGCAAUCAAGCGCCCAUAGUCGUGGUAGUGACAGGCCCUCUACCUCUUCCACCGUCAGGACAUUCUCGAAUUCUCCACCUUCACCAAAAGUUUCUCCUGUAUCGACAGUCUUCCCGCCUAUGCCUAGCACUCCAAUCUCCCGUAGUGACUCAGGCUAUGCGCUACAGGCGAACUUGCGCGAGAAGCGCUCAGCCCACUUUGACAAUCAGUCGCGGCGCAGUUCUUCGUUCGGGUUCGAAAAGGCACCGCAGAUGAGGAGGCCCAGCCAGCCUAUGCUAGGUCAUGCGUCGAGCGCCUCGACAUCAUCAUUGAGUCAGGAGUUGCGAGCAGGGUCUUCUUACGCGCCGUCGGUUUACGCUCAAUCCACUCUGGCGGCAUCGACGAUCAUGCCCGGCACGACGAUGCAACCCGUGCGUAACACAGCAACUGUGCAAUGGCAGGAAGGUCAUUGCUUGCAGUGGAGGCCUCAUGAAGACAAGGCUACCUGCUCCAUUUGUGAAGAAAAGUCGGAUGAAGGGCUUUAUCGAUGUUCUGGAUGCACCACCUAUGUCCACGCCAGGUGCGCCUCUUCGAUUUGCAUCGUCUGCCCCACGGCUUUCCGACCCGAUCAAGUACGCGCAUCGUUAGUACGAUGCUUUGCCAGUUUGCUGUACACGUAUCGCCGCUACCUUGUGCCUGCCACUGGCGAUCGCAAGAAGUCUGGCAUGCACUAUCAGUUCAAGAUGGAAGAGUUCAUGAAGAAUCAGCCGGCCGAGAAUGUGCAAUACCUGACUGCAUUGCAACAAACUCAAGCUUUCAAUGAGUUCGUUCAUGAACGCGAGAGCACCUCCGGCGAGGACCCUAAGAUCAAACUCUUUGACGAAGUCAUCCUUGCGAAGAAGAACCGCGGCGCAUCUUCAUACUUCUACAAGACCAAGGCCGACUUCCUAUCCGAUACCAGCGAUCAUCUCUGGCGUACUGCGCACGCCAGUCCACCAACGUCUCGUUUUCCUGGGGAUUACCGAGCUGUCGUCAGUAGAAUCCCCGCAAAGCUUGACAUCACACUCAUGAAAGAGCCGCGCGUCAUCCAAGGCGUCCCUCGACCUCAGAACGCGAAAGCACGACGGAAGCCGAUCCCUUCUAUGCUCUCGAACGGCGUCCCUGCAUCAUGAUUACCACUCGAACCCCACGCCUCUUUGACGACGACCUGACCUCCACGGACGCUUACGCCACCUCUUAACUAUCGUCACUUUGUUUUGUUUCUGCUUGUGUUUGUACAAUAUCAGCGAUGGAGUUUUGGGCGCACCGACCACCCAUUGUGGUAGCCUGCAUUGGCUUGGGUUGAUUUCUGGACAAAUCAAUCUGUGAAUCAUUUGCAUCUACGGUGGUUGGAUGGGACCUUUGGGUCUUUUGGAUAUCCCGUCACAUACUGGGACAAGGAAAAAUGGAGGCUCGCUCGAACUGCACGAUAUCAUUUGUAAUGCAUCUUUUCGCACUCAAUCGUUUUAGCGUCCGCUAAUAACCUGCGGAGACGCCCUUCUUGUAGUAUACCGAGCUUGAGGGAGGGGCAGUUUGGCCUGAGAUAGACAUUCAGUCAUUUCUGGAUACCAGCAAUGCAACAUACACGAUAACCG